AUGGCAUCCAAAUCUGUUCCCAUUUUGUUGGUGAUUCUCUCAAUUGUGGCGGUGGUGGCCGCGACAUCCCUAGACCGAGCUGGCGGUUGGAAGCCGAUCGGGAAUCCGAACGCGGCGCAGGUGGUUGCGGUCGCAAAUUUCGCGGUAGCGGAAUACAACAAAGAGAAGAAGACGUCGUUGGUGUUGGUGUCUGUGGAGAAGGGAGAAUCGCAGGUGGUUUCUGGCAUCAAUUACAGGCUCCUCAUCUCCGCCAAGGAUGGCGCCGCUGAAAAAACCUAUUCCACCGUUGUUUAUUCCAGCCUCGCGGGAUCCAUAUCUCUCCGUUCCUUCGACCCAAUUCAAAACUAA